UGCAUGAUUGAAAUCCCAGGGAUAAUGUUCAGUUGGCCAGCUCCCUCUCUGCUUGGCUGUGCGCUUGCUAAUGUUAUUUGAUUUGGACCAGCCUCCUUUCAUGGGAUGCCACGGGAAUCUGACUGCUGACUGAUUCCAGUUCUUCCGCGCUGAGGAAGCUGGCUCUUCGUUGUAAACCGCAGUCGGUGUUUUGUCAGAUCACUUUGUCUGUCUCAGGCUCUUUCUGAGCUCCGGGUCUGGACGGUGAAUGAGGUUGAUGCUGCUGUGCUGCACCUGGAAGGACGAGCGUAUGGGAGAGGAAGAAGCAGGAGUACGUUUACCCGUGUGUGCGGGGUGCAGGCACAGCAUUUAUGACGACCAGUACCUCCAGGCACUCAACACAGACUGGCACACUGUCUGCUUCAGGUGCUGUGAAUGCAACGCCUCUCUCUCCCACUGGUACUAUGAGAAGGAGGGGCGGCUGUUCUGCAAGAAGGACUACUGGGCCAGGUUUGGAGAGCUGUGCCAUGGCUGCUCGGAGCCCAUCGCCACCGGCCUCAUCAUGGUCGCUGGAGAACAGAAGUAUCACCCCGAAUGCUUCACCUGUCUGAACUGCAGGGUCUUCAUUGGGGAUGGGGACACGUAUGCAUUAGUGGAGCGCUCCAAGCUGUACUGUGGGCGCUGCUAUUACCAGACGAUUGUGACUCCGGUCAUUGAGCAGAUCCUCCCGGACUCCCCGUGCUCCCGGAUCCCGCACACUGUCACGCUGGUGUCCAUCCCCGCCUCCUCCGACGGCAAGCGUGGCAUCUCCGUGUCCAUCGAUGAGGGCUGCAGCUCCAAUGGGUGUGGGGCUGACCACACCCAUACAGUCAGAGUCAAGGAAUUAGACACAGAGUGUAUCAGCCCGGAUGUGAAGAACUCGAUCCAUGUCGGGGACAGGAUCCUAGAGAUCAAUGGCACGCCCAUCCGAAACGUUUCUCCUGAUGAGAUCGACCUGUUGAUCCAGGAGACGAGCCGGCUGCUGCAGCUUACCAUAGAGCACGACCCCCAUGGCUCGGGGUCAGAAGAGGAGGUGGACGGAGCGAGCCCGCUGUCCGACCUGUGCAGCCCCCUCAGACCCCUACCUCGCACCCCCUGCGCGGAUACCAGCGGCAUCCGCUCUCGAGUCAUCACGAGGAGCUGCAGUAUUGACAAGUCUCCCUGCUCCAGCAACACAGCCUCCCCCCAUUCCCAUCACAAGGAUAUCGGCCGCUCCGAGUCCCUGCGCGUCGUCACCACCCAGACUCACCGCAUCUUCCGCCCCUCGGACCUCAUCCACGGGGAGGUGCUGGGGAAAGGCUGCUUCGGACAGGCCAUCAAGGUGACGCACAAGGAUACUGGGGAGGUGAUGGUGAUGAAGGAGCUGAUUCGUUUUGAUGACGAUACUCAGAGGACCUUCCUAAAAGAGGUGAAGGUGAUGCGCUGCCUGGACCACCCCAACGUUCUGAAGUUCAUCGGGGUUCUUUAUAAGGACAAGAGGCUCAACUUCAUCACGGAGUACAUCAAAGGAGGCACCCUGAGGGACAUCAUCAAAAAAAUGGAUAGCAGGUAUCCAUGGAAUCAGCGAGUGAGUUUUGCCAAGGAUAUUGCAGCUGGAAUGACCUACCUGCAUUCCAUGAACAUUCUGCACCGGGACUUGAAUUCAUACAACUGUCUUGUUCAAGAGAACAAGAGCGUGGUUGUGGCUGAUUUCGGGCUGUCCCGGCUGAUGGUGGAAGACAAGCACCAGACAGACAAGCUUUCCGCCAACAAACUGCCGACGCUGAAGAAGCAUGACCGGCGGAAGCGCUACACGGUGGUGGGGAACCCUUACUGGAUGGCUCCUGAAAUGAUCCACGGAAAGAGUUACGACGAGAAGGUGGAUGUCUUUUCCUUUGGGAUCAUGCUGUGUGAGAUCAUCGGCAGGGUCAAUGCGGACCCGGACUACCUGCCCAGGACGAUGGAUUUCGGUCUCAAUGUCAAGGGCUUCCUGGAUCGCUUCUGCCCCCCUGACUGCCCGCAGUCCUUCUUCCCCAUUGCAGUCCUGUGCUGUGACCUGGACCCAGAGAAACGACCCUCGUUUGCCAAGCUGGAGCAGUGGCUGGAGAACCUGAAAAUGCACAUGGAGAACCAGCGUCCAUUGACCUCCGAACUCGACCGGACCAUGCAGGACUUCUGGCAGAGCCACACGCGCUCCGAGAACGGGCUGCACACACACCCCGAGCAGCCUGAGUAACUGGCAAUGGACGUAGGAGGGGGGGUGGGGAGGGGGGUCCACUCACAUCAAACUGUCUGCCACCACACAGGCAGCGAGAACCCAGGUGUAGAUAAUGGAAGUUGGAACUGGUUUUCACUGGGACAGACUUGGCUAUCAAUUCUGGGGAUUCGAAAGCUAAUCAAAACGCACUUUCGUUAUCGAACACAGAAUGUCACUUCAGCAUCACGGCUCUAGUCUAUUGAAUGUUUGUUUUAAUGUUGUUCUCUUAUUAAUCAUAGUACAGGAGUAGAGAAGUCUUUUAAAAGCUCCCUGUUACUGGAAUCAGUGGGGUUUAUUUAUAUGAAUGGCACCUGUGACACACUAAAAGUGUUGGUUUAGGUUGAGCUUAAGUAUUUUGUAUUUUGACAUUCUAUUACGUUUUAAAUAGAAUUGUAAAAUUAUAAAUACUUAAAGGGGGGAGAAAAAAAAAGAAAGGGUGCAUUGACUUUAAAUAGCCCUAACUGGUAGAAAGCAAGAUGGUUUGGUAGCUUCUGAAGUGUACAGUAGAGGGCGCUAUAGCAUCAUAACCUCAAAUAGAAUUCCACAGCUUCUUGGUCCCACAUAAUUGUGUCUAAUAGGUCAUCAUGCACAGCAAAGCAUGGUUGUUUUUGUGUAUCCCGAUCAUUGCUGAUUCUGAUAUCCGGAUUGACUGUAAAUAGUUGCCGCCAUAAUGUAAAUGUUUAAAAGAUUAUAACUGUACAGAAAUAUUUUAUAUAUUAAGGCUGCAUAUCCAUAUUUUUAUUAAACUAUUCAUUGCUUUACAUGAAUAACCUGGCUAUACUUUUAAAUCCCCUUGCCUGGCAAUGGAGUCUGCACUGCUUUGUCAAGCUUAGACAUUUCACUGUAAAAACAAAACAGGGAAAUGACCAGAAAUAAUGUGUCACCUAUAUGUCUGUAUAUCCAAACCCAACUACUGUCUCUUUUGGGGGGUUACCUAUUGAAAUGGUUACGUUUCUAGUGUAUAGAUGGCACCAUGAUACCAAAUGUUUUCAUGAGUAAGGCCAAAGAUACUGUAUCCAAAUCAGAAACCUUGUUCGAUCAUUGGCUGUUCUUUUUUUCAGCCCUGAUUUUACUGAGGUUCUUUUUACAGUGUAAAAUGCAAUACAAUUAAUUCACAAAUCUGGUUCAUUCACGGUUAAGACAGUGAAUUGUACAAGUACUGUAUUUGACUGUAUAUGGACCCUUCAUGUGUGUGAAGGCUUCUGCAAAAUAAUAUCUGGUUUAUGAGAUGCUCCGUUUAAACCUGUGAUUCUUAUCUACAGUGGCGAGGGCUAUGCAAAAGUCAGAACUGAAAACGUGAAUGAAUCCUCCUGGAACGUGCAGAAUUACCACUGCGCAGUGCAGCAGCUGUGUUAGGAGCUCAAUAACACACUAACAUGGCUUUUUCAUUAAUCACUACACACAAUACCUAAUUUUAAACACUCGUAAGAUUUUCAGUAGUGCUAAGAAGUCUUUGGUGUUUGACCCAUUUCUCAGUGAAACAUCCUAAAUCUAAUUGUAUAGCAGAGUUGCGUUUCAGUACAUCUGAAUCGAAGCAAAAUCAUGUCACGUCCCCACAUUUCUGGUUUUAGGUUUUAUUUCUGUAGUUUUGAACAGUUGUUGUAUCCAUUCUCACAGAAAUAAAACUGUUUUGAGAUCUAAUCAUGGAUUAUUCAAAGCCACACUGCCUGGUGCAAGGAUGGGAAUCAUAGCUGUUGAAAAUAGCAACACAGCACCGAUUUUUCAACUGUACCAUAGCUCACUGCGACACCUUUCAAUAGACAAUGCCCUGUUUAAAAAGCCCGCUGACUGUAAAUACUAAUGUAAAUGUCUGUGUUUGGGUGUAUUUACAGAUACACACACACACACACACACACACAACACGUCCUAGCUCUGGAUUAGCUGCAUGGCAUGUUGGCUUAGUGUUAGUACUCCCAAUGCUUCAAACUUCAAGCUGUUAUUGUAAUCUUUAGCUGCUUAUAAACUAAAAAAGAAGGAACGAAUUUAAAAAGGUGUGUACAGAAAGCGGAGAUCAGCUAAAAAAAAAAAAAAGUCAAACACAGCAUUGCUUUAUUAUUAUAUGAUUAUUUAAUGAAUGCAAGUCACUGUUUGAGCCUUUCAAUGAAGGGGGACAGGAGGAGUUUUCUAUGUUAGAGCUACAUUUGCCUGAGAUGAGGGCUCAGGGGAAAGCAGCACAUUGCAACCUGCAAGCCAUGUGUUGCAUUUGCUUACAGAGCAGAGCUGUAGAGCUGAACAUUGUCUUUACACACUCACUAGAGAAAUACAACUGGGUCACUUGUUGAUGCAAGGCACAGUAGUGUAGCUGUCCUUUCACUUAGUCGUCAUGUCAGUGCCUCCUGAAAUGUUACUGUGAUGAAUUGCAUUGGCAUCCAUCAUUUCUGCUGGCCCGGGCAAGACGAUAAAUACAGCUCUUCCUGAUUUAGCAGGAAAGUUGCCUUUACAGCCAAUGUGAAUACGCUACACAGCGUAGUUUGCCAGCUAUUAGUAUGGUUGUACGUCUUUGCUACAAACUGGGAAACUCUCCUGUACUUCCUAACACCUGUGGACGGGUCCCCUAUGAAAGCUGUGCCAUGGUAAGACCGCAUUCGCUAUAGCACUGUUUAAUAAUCCGCACUGUUAGGACCUUUCCUCAGGAACAGACCUCCCUGUUAUUGAAGCACUUCAAACAUACAUUGAAGCACAUGCCCCCCUUGAAAUACUAAAAUAAUAAUCUAUAACAUUACAAGAAAUAGCACUCUAGAUAUAUACAUUAGAAAUGUUGCAUAUUCAUUAAAGAAAGUUAAGGUCGACACAUCCAUCGGUAUGUACAUCAUGCUUGAUAUCAGAACCACUCGGUGUACCAAAUCUUUACCACAAGAGAUUAUAGUUUGCCCAUAGCCAGGGGGCUGACAGUAAAGAAUACUGUGAAACACUGGCUAAGUAAAGCAUCAUUUUACAAGGCUGAAACAUGACACCACUUCAUAAGGGACCAUUACCUCUGAACAUAGCUGUGCCUUUCUGUUCAAGCUAGCCUUACCAACUACUUGUAGCUAGUUUUGUUAGUUAUUUUUUAUAAUAAAAUGGCCACCUGUAUAGAUUUUGUACCAUUGCUAAUAAUUAUGUUUUAAUAUCUUCUGUACUGUAACUUGUGUUUUUUUUUAUAUUUGUCAUAUCUCCAUCGUCUGUUUUUUAUUGUUUGUAUUUUAUUUUAUUGUUUGUUGGUUUGUUUGUUUUACACAAGCUGUGAAAAAAAAAUAGUAAUGUGCGCACUUUAAUCCGGGAAGUGAAGAUGGGGAGGUCCAGGAUGGGAAAUAAAACUCCCAUUGCAUAGCAGUUUGAUCCAUUCCUGGUUUUGCUAUGAGUUUACCAGCACACACUUGAGCUUGUUACCUAUGCACUGUGGCGAAUCAAGCUUGUAGAAAAACCUGGAAUGAGUAAACUGCUAUGCAAUAGGAGUCUUAUUUCUACCCCUGGUAUUUCACUGUAAUUGGAAUAAAAUGGGCGAUCCCGCAAAGUC